AUGGCUGCCUGCUUGCAAGCGGCUAUGGAGCUGUUAGAGUCCGACAGCGACGAAGAAUUCGACGAGAUGUGCAUUUUACUUGCAUGCGGUGUCGUCAGAAACGAUCGUCAUCGUAUCCCUGGUUACUGUGAAACUGUAGUGAACACGUACUUCGAAAUGGAGUUCAAGAGACUCUUCCGGCUGUCUAGAAAGACUUUCGAUGAGCUGAGCGCUCGCUUCAUGGCAUCCGCCUUCUUCCCCGAUGCUGUACAAGGAAGGCGGCAGAUUUCGGCUGAAAAAACAUGUCUGAUAGCUUUAGUCUACAUAGGCUCCCAGAGCUCAAUGUACGCUACUGGCGACAAAUUUGACGUGACGGAGUCGUCGGUGCAUGUCUGUGUCAACCGAGUCGUCAAGUUUUUGCACGGCAUCAGAGACGAAGUAAUCUGCUGGCCUGGCAGCGCGGAGAUUGCCCGCGUGAAAGCCGGAUUCCACCGUCGUCUGCUGCGCGCUAGGACAAACACCCGCCAUCGUGAACUGGCUGACACUUGCUCCGACGUGAGUGCAGCGUAG